AUGUGGCAAAAUACAACGAUCAACGAAGAACUAGAUCCAAAUGAUACCAUGUACGACUUCAAAAAGAACGAUACCGCUAAUGAGAGCUGUAAGUCUUUGUCGAGAUAACAUUUUUAGGUAAUAUCUUGAGUUUUUCGAAGUUUGUGGAAUAGUAGUAAUUUAAAAUCAUAUUUUACAUUAUAUUAUACAUGGUCUUUUUAAAGUUAUGGUAUUUUUACAAGCGUUAGAUAAUAUUUCAGAGUUUACAGUUAUUGUGAUCUCUUUGGUGUAAUAUUUAACAUAAAAAAUUGUUUAAAAUACUGUAAAACUACACGGAAACAGAGCUAAAACUAUAAAUUUACAUUUCAGCGUUGGGUUUUCCAUCUGCGAUGCAAUUCAACAAUACAGAAGAUUCGAAGCAGGAUUUUCCUUUAAACAAUGACACUAUGAAUCAAAGCUCGUUCUUUAAUCAAAGUCGUCGAAUUUCAGCCGCUUUUAACGAUUCGAAAAAUCCUAACUCAACGAUCAUUUCGGAUCUGAGCUCCUCGGCCGCAGGUUUUGGCCGAAACAAUGAGACUCGAGAGGAGUUUGACAACAAAUCCUUUGGAGCUUCUACCAAUGACAGUAAGUAUUGAUUUUGAUUAUUGUUUUGUGUUUAGGUAAUAUUGAAGUUAUUAUGUUUUGUAUUAGAAAGUGAGAUGAUAAGGCCUAACUUUUGGUCUAGGUUGAAGAAAAGUUUAAGCGGUAUGCGCUUGAAAGUUUGAUUCGGAUUAUAAAAUACGCCCUAGUGGAGCUUAUUGUUAAUAUUUAUGUUAAUUUGAUGCUUUGUUGGUUAAAUUUUAUUUUCAGUUUGAAAAUUGAAUUUUUUGAAAUAUUUGCUGUAGAAAACCUUAUCUUUGUUGCUAUUCUUUCUGCUUUGAUUAAUAUUACGAUAUUUUAGCUUAUGUACGUCCAAUGGGGAAACUUAAGCCGGAGCUGGAGAACACGGACAAGUAUUGGUGCGAAUACUUUGACUCAUCCUUGAGCGACAAGUUUUAUACCAAUAGUGUUGCCGGCUUUUCUGAAGCUACUUUGGAAGUAAGUUGAAUUUUGUGUAAUGGAUUAUUUGCUUUUGGUAUUGGUUUUAUAUGAUUUUAAGGUAAUAUGCGCAAUGUUAUGGCGAUAAUGACAUGUGUUUAUUUAUAUUUGUGGUUCGGACAGUUUCAUUCGUAUAAAAGCAAUAUUCUCUUCGAUUUUAAUCUUGUUUUUUGGUUCUUUUAGCGUUUUUAUUUAUAAAUUUGUCUGAAAGUUAGGUUUUAAGGUUUUUUCUUUGAUUUUUUAAAAGUUUUGGCUCUUGGAACUUUAGUUUUAAUAUGUUUUAACUGUAAAAAGUAAGAGAAGAUACGAAAUUAAUCAGGAAAAACAUAAAAAUAGUUUUAUAAUAGAGAAAUCAAUAUUUUUAUUAAUCUUAUUGAUUUUUAGGGAAUUCCAGAAAAUCGUGAUGCUGUUAUGAACGUAAAAGAGGUGGAGAAAAAGGUAAGAUUAGCAGUUAUUUUACAUUUUUUGAACAUUGUGAGUAUUAUUGACAUUUAAUAGCUUUUAAUGUUGAUAAAAGUUGUAAAUUGCUUAUUAAUAUUACUGAAAUGUCUCGUUCACAAUAGAUUCUAAGGAUAAUUGUCAUUUCUAGCCCAAAGUCAAAAUCAACGAGGAGCCAGAAGUCCGUCAUUUGCCGGAAGCGACCGAGAACGAACGUACUCGAUGCCAGAUCAAUAAUGAAUCCGUUAAUCACUUCACUUACAUCAGACAGUUCAGGAAGAACUACGAGAAGAACCGCAAGAGGGGACUGGUCGAUGUGAACCUUCGCGAUCGUGAGCAUCUUUUUGGACUGGAUGCGGAGUAUGAAAACGACAGCGAUGACGAAUAUUGCGGACCCAGCGGAAUAACUACAGAGACGGUGGAUCCACUGACGGGCUUGUCUGGUGAUAAACUCAAAGAACGACGAGAGAAGGAUAGUUACGAACUGUUCCGUGAACGUGCCCGUACAUUGAAACACCCGUUGUGGAAAGGAGACGAUGAGGAGUCGAUCACUGGCUUGUUCGACCGUUUAGGAGUGAAGGAUGAGGAUGCGAAUAUGGUUCGUACUUUUUUGUACGCUCACAACAGCCACAAGUCUAUGAAUGUAAGGCUUUUUAUUGUAGUAUAUGGUUUGGGGAAGAGAAUUUAUGAAAAAUAUAAAAGCUAGGGUUAUGGGUUUAAAAUAUUGCAAAGAUUUUGAGGUUUUUGCACUUUGAAAAGAUUUUUUUCAUAUUUACAAAGGUUUUUAAAAAGUUUCAUCUAGAAUAGCCUAUCACCCAUACCAUUUUAAGCACCCAUCGAUCUUGUCCAGAACAUACCCCCAAAUAUCAUAAAUUUCAAUUUGCUUAAAAGUUUGAACUACUGUUUCUAUUUUACUUCGCACUCCCAUCAUUGUUGUUUACACCUCCUACGCAAUAGAUCGCACCCCACCCUCUGUAGAUCGCACCCCCCACCGUUGUAGUUCACACUCUCAAAAAAUGAAAUUUACAACCGACACGUAAAAACUCAAAAAUUAUUCAUUUUUUAAAUUGAACUUUACGAAAUCAAUGAAAAUGGGUCUAAAAGGCAGCAAAUUUUGCAAAUUCUUCAUUCUGCUCCGUCAUUCACCGCUUUGGCCAGUCAGUCGAUCAGCACUCUCUCGCGCCAUUCUCAACCUUCAACUUCGGACAUUUUCAAUAUGGUUCGGCCAAGUAGGAUCCACUUGUAGUUAGAGAUUGGGUGUUUCACUGGGGUGCGAACCGGUUGGGGGUGUGAGACGGAAUGGGGGGUUGUUUUGGAUGAGCGCCGUUUUUUAUUAUUUAUGAUAAGUAUUACUUUUUUACGAAUAUUUUGUUUCUUUACAUUAAUACUUUUUAGUGGUUCCAUAAUUACCUGAGCAGAAAUCGAGGUAUGGUCUACACACCUCAUACUUUUCAAAUUCUCAAUGUUUGGACUGUCGAUAGACCGUAUGAUCGAAGAUUUAGAUCAGAGCUUCCAAACAAGUAAGAUUUUCUCAAGAUUUUGGAAUAGUUAUUAUUUUUACAAACUUUUGUAGUAAAUUGGAUGAAUUUUGUGUUAAUUUAAAGUUUAUAGGAUGUUCUUGCUUCACGGACUUCAGAAGGAUCACGUCUAUAAGCUGUUGAAGUUUGGCUUUGAGUGUGAAGAAGCUUAUGGUGGCGUAAGUGGAUUUUAGAUUUAUGGUUUUGUUACUACCAAAAAAAAUAUUUUUGAUUUGUAUUAAAAUAUUUUUUAAUUUUCUAUUGCAGGUCAAAUCCGUGUUCAAAACUGCAAUUUAUUUCCAAUCUUGUUCGACCAAAGCUGCUAACUACACGGUCGAAAACUCGUACAAGUACGAGAGGAAGGCGGAUCGAGAACAGAUCAAGCCAAGAAAUGGAGAAGUCAUCUAUCUUUUGUUGUGUAACGUAGCCUUGGGUAGAGCUCUUGAAUCGGACGAAACCAUCAAGAAUGGGACCUUGAACAACUUGUGGAAGGCGUACGACUCAUUGCGAUGCGUUGGACUGUGUACACCGUUGGGCAAGGAGCUGGAGUAAGUUUUGGGAGUGGAUUGCAGGGACGUAUGAUAGUUAGAAGGUAACUACUCUCCCAUUAGCAUCUAGAAAAAACCCAAGUUUCUUAUUUUGUUACUUUAUACUGCUGGAGGUCUGCCACGGGGAAGAAAUUUUUGAAAAUUUUGUUAAUCAUGUUCGAAUAAAAGUUGAGUUAAAAUAUUUAAAAAUACAAUUUCGGGCUUGAGAAUGGAGCCGUUAGAAUUCCGAUGGGACCAUAUGACGAAAUGCCACCAGAUGACAAGGUAAUCAAGACCAGAAGUCUUUUCGACGAUUACUGUGUCAAAGACCCAAACCACGCACGCAUCAACUACCUACUGGAAGUGAGAUACAGGGAAGAACAGGACUAA